UUAUUCUUCGUGAAAUUGAUAUUAAUGUAAUUGGAAUAGCUAAUGUACGUCUUCAAUUACUUUAUACAACAAUAUUAUUUCUAUCUCGUGAAGCAUUUCGUCGUACAGUACCAAAAUUAAAUGAUUUAUAUUCCAUUCAUCAUUAUAUUAAUUUAAUAUGGUUCAUUAUUCCAGCUGGUUUAUUCAUAAUAUCAUUAAUACCACCAUUUACAUUAUUUAUUCAAACAGACAAUGCAGAAAAAUAUCCUUUUUAUUAUCAUGCAUGUUUAUUCUAUGCUCUAGCUGCAUUUAUUGAACUUUUAUCUGAACCAUUUUAUUUAUUAGCUACUGUUACACUUAAUUAUCAUAUUAAUAUUUAUAUUGAAAUGUUCGCUUCAACUCUAGGAUUUACAAUUCAAGCAAUACUAAUAUAUAAUAAUGGUGAAUCUGCACUUUAUUAUUAUGGUUUUGGUUAUAUAAUAUAUUCAUCAUUAAUAAUAUUAAGUUAUUAUAUUUAUUUUCUAAGUCGUAAAAAAGAAGAACGUAUUCGAUUAUUUCUAAUAUCAUCAUUAAAAGAUUUAAUUAUAAAACCAACACAUCCAUAUACUGAUCCGAAAUUAUCGAAUGAAACUGCAACAUUUUUUUGGCAAGGGAUUUUGAUGAAAUUUUUAACUGAAGGCGAAAGAUAUAUUAUGUCUUUAUUUAAUCUUUUUUCAUAUAAAGAACAAGCUAUAUUUGAUAUAAUUAAUAAUUUAGGUUCACUUUUACCACGUUUAAUUUUUUCAACAUUAGAAGAAAGUGCUUAUGCUUAUUUUCAACAAACAUUAUCAAGACCUAAAAUAACUAAAGACCAACAUAUGCAAGAUGAUCAAUUUCAAAAGAAACAAUUAUCAUCAUCACCAUCAGAGCAAAAAACAAUAAAAUUAAAUGCAUUAAUAUUUUGUAAUUAUUUACUUCGUUUUGUAAUAAUAAUAUCAUUAUUAGUAAUAACAUUUGGUUUUCCAUAUUCUCGAACCCUUCUUAAUAUAUAUGGUGGUACAAAUUUAAUUGAAGGUUCAGGUCCAGGACUUCUUCGUUUAUAUUGUAUAUAUAUAUUAUUUCUUGCUGUAAAUGGUAUAACAGAAGCAUUUUCUCAAGCAACAAUGUCAAUAAAACAAUUAAAAAAUUAUAAAAAUUUAAUCUCAAUAUUUGCAAUAAUUUAUCUUGGAAUAUUUUAUAUAUUAAUAAAACAAAUUGGUAUAUAUGGAAUAAUAAUAGCUAAUUGUUUAAACAUGUCAUUACGUAUAACAACAAAUUUAUAUUAUUUUAAUCAAUAUUUUGAUUCGACAAUUCAAUGGUCAAGAUCAUUUCAAUUUUCAUAUUAUUAUAUAUUAACAUUAGUUCUUUCAUCAUUUAUUUGUUAUUAUACUGAAAAAUGUAUUACACGUUUAAAUAAUUUACCACCAACAACAUUAUGUGCAUAUGUUAAUCAUAAAGUAACUUUAUGUAAACCAAUAACACGUUCAAAAGCAAUAUCAUGUGCACCAAUUACAUUUAAUCGUGCAACACAAACAUUAUUAGAUGAUCAAACACCACCAAUUAGUUUAUUACCAAUACCAGUUGGACUUGUUACACCAUUACCAUUAGCUUUAGAUACAACGGAUUGUCCUGUACCUGUACCUAUACCAAUACCAGUUCCAUUUCUACUUUUUUUUGUUGUUAAUGAUCAAAAAUUUCAAUAUUAUAAAUCAUAG